UGCAACAUAAUUAGUUCACUUCGCACCGGCGAGUAGUGCACUUGAACUCAGCUAUCUCUUUCUUGCGCUCUUCGUACCUACCGACGGUGUUGACCUACAUCUACAGAAAUCACUUUCUAAUUGUCAAAAUAACCUAAAACAUUUAACCAAUUUAACUACUAGGCGACGUUCACAUACCUGAUUGGAGAAAAUGCCUUGUCCAUUUCUAACAAGAUUAAGCCAAAACUACGUUAAAAAUUAUGGGACACUUUUGCUUAAAAUGUACGGGAACCAGUGUCCUGUGGUCUCUAGCACUAUGAGCACAAUUGCUGGAGAAGACUUGAAGAGCGCUAGUCACGUUUUAGACACCCAAAAAUCAAACACGCCAUGUCCAUUUCUGAAGGAAGUUAACAAUGUCAUUAAAGAAGUCAAAAAUGACGAUACUAUUGAAAUGAAGAAUGAUGUAGACUCAGCAUUUUCGUAUGACAGUUUUUUCCACCAACAAAUUUUGAAGAAAAAGAAGGAGCACAGUUACCGUGUUUUCAAAAAAGUUAACAGGUUGGCAGGCCCUGGACAGUUUCCAAACGCGUUAGAGUACUCAUGGGGUGAAAAACCUAUCACAGUGUGGUGCUCAAAUGAUUAUUUGGGAAUGUCGUGCCAUCCAAAAGUUAAAGAGGCUGUGAGAGAAGCUCUCGACAAGUAUGGCACCGGAGCUGGUGGUACUAGAAACAUUUCGGGGAAUUCUACUUUGCAUGAAAAACUGGAAGACAUUCUCGCACAACUACACCAAAAAGAAAAAGCCUUGUUAUUUACUUCUUGUUUUGUUGCUAAUGACUCUACUCUUUUUACCUUGGCUAAAACACUGCCAGGAUGUCAUAUCUUUUCCGACGCUGGGAACCAUGCUUCCAUGAUCCAAGGUAUAAGAAACAGCCAAGUACCAAAACACAUAUUUAGGCACAACGAUCCUGCUCAUUUGGAAGAUCUACUGAAGACUGUUAAUAAAAAUAUUCCAAAAAUAGUUGCAUUUGAAACUGUUCAUUCGAUGUCAGGUGCUGUUUGUCCUUUAGAAGAACUUUGUGACGUGGCUCACAAAUAUGGGGCUUUAACCUUUAUCGAUGAAGUCCAUGCGGUCGGACUUUACGGGGAACACGGAGCUGGAAUUGGUGAGCGCGAUGGAAAGCUUCAUAAAAUGGACAUAAUAUCUGGUACUUUGGGGAAAGCGUUUGGAAAUGUUGGUGGUUACAUCGCUUCAUCUGCAACACUAGUGGAUAUGAUAAGAUCUUAUGCUGCCGGCUUUAUUUUCACUACUUCGUUACCACCUACCGUACUAUCUGGUGCUUAUAAAGCAAUUCAAAUCCUCGCCUCAGAUGAAGGAAGAGAAUUGCGAAGACGUCAUCAGGAAAACGUUAAAUAUUUAAGAAGUAACUUAUUGAAUAAUGGAUUUCCCGUGGAGCAUACGCCUAGUCACAUCAUUCCGAUUAAAAUUGGAGACCCAGUGCAAUGUGGCGCAGUUUGUGACACUUUGUUAAAAGAAAAAGGUCACUACAUACAAGCUAUUAAUUACCCAACUGUUGCGAGAGGACAAGAAAAGCUCAGAUUGGCACCGACCCCUCAUCAUACUAAAGAGUUGAUGGAUACGCUCAUCACUGAUCUUAAAGAAGUAUGGCAAUCUUUAAAUUUACCAUUUACUGGUCUUCAAUGCGGAAAGAAUUGUCCGUACUGUCAAAAACCACUUCUCUUUGAUUACUUUGAAUCUAGAUCAAGACCAGAACAAGGUUGUGCACAAGAUCUUAAUUGCAAUAUUCCUAACUGCCCACAGUUAGUAGGUGUUGCGUAAAUAAGUACAGAUUAUAUUUUUAUAAAAGUUAUAAAGGUGUUGGUAAAUUUUAUUAUUAUGAAAGAUGUUACAAAUGUAUUUCUCAAUUUGUGCAAACGAAAACUAUUGUACUAGAUAAGUGAAUAUAAAGAAGUUAAAAAAUA